AUGCUUCCCAAGGCCCGAAUCCACGCGGACCCGGCGCUCGACUUCGAGCUCGAUCUCUUCGACUGCCUGCCGGACUCGCUCGUCCUGCUCAUCCUCAACAAAGUGGAGGACGUGCGUUCCCUCGGCCGCUGCUCCGCGGCGUCCAAGCGGUUCAACGGGCUCGUGCCCCACGUCCACGACGUCUGCGUCAAGAUCGACCGCGUCGUGGCGGUCGACGGCGACGGCGAGGACGCCCUCAACCUGAUCUCGCCCAAGCCCCGGAACAUCCUCUCCCACUUCCUCAAGCUGAUGCUCUUCACGAUCAUCAAGCCCUUCCACAGCGCGCGCGGCCCCAACGGCGCCGGGCGGCCGCUCUUCCCGCAGCUCGCGCACCACUCGCCGGCGCAGGUGCUCCGGAGCUUCACGCACGUGCGGAACCUCCACAUCGAGCUCCCUUCCGGGGAUGUCGGCACCGAGGACGGGGUGCUCCUGAAAUGGCGGGCAGAGUACGGGAGCACGCUUCAGAACUGUGUCAUCCUUGGGGGCACCAGGGUUGACCGCAAGCCUGUUGGCGCAGAGCAUGAGCCGUCUUCGGAGGACAACGGGAGCAUGCCGGAGUCUUUCUAUACCAAUGGCGGGCUCAAGCUCCGCGUCGUGUGGACGAUCAGCUCCCUCAUCGCUGCGUCGACGAGGCAUUAUCUUCUCCGGUCGAUCAUCAAGGAGCACCCCACACUUGUGAGCUUGGUGCUGACUGAUGCCGAUGGCCAGGGCACGCUGACCAUGGGAGCAGAGCAGCUGAAGGAGUUCAGAGAGAACCAACUGUCGGCCUCGGCAUGCUCCAACAGGACCCAGGUCCCGGCCUGCAACAUGAAGCUGAAAUACGCGCCAUAUCUCGAGCUGCCUGGAGGAAUUGCGCUGCAGGGUGCUACACUGGUUGCUAUCAAGCCCUCCACCGAGGGAAGCAAUGGCGGCCAUAUCAGCCGCAAGGAAACCGACGCAUUCAUCUCUGGAGCAUUUGAUGGGCCAUUCAAAUUCGCCCUGAAGGCGCUGAUGAAGAGGCGCACAUACCUUCUGGAGAUGAAUGGCUUCUAG